AUGGCAGUCCGCAAGCGCCACGAAGCGCGCCGUCGCUACCACUGGCCCGAACUCCAACUCAACAUCUGGAUUAUGGUCGUGUUAUCAUGUUCAGCAACAUGUCUGGGUAUCUUCUCCUGGUUCAUGGCUGUACAAUCACAAAUGCAUCUCGGGACACCAUGGCUCUUCCCUUACAUGGUUGUAUCCAGUGCCCUCGGUGUAUGCUUCAUUUUCCUUAUUAUGGUGCUUGCAUCGCGACACUUCCUCUUACCGGGGAUUAUCAUCAUCGGCAGCUUUAUUCUCCUUGUGCUGUGGCUGACGGGUCUGAUUGAGACUUCGUUGCAGCUGUAUGGGGUUGUAGGCAACGUCAAUGAUAAUUGUCAGAUCUAUGUGAGGGAUAAUAAGUCUUGGGGGAAUAAUAUUAAUACCUUGGCUUGGUUGACGCAAAGUACCAUAUGCAAUUGCUGGAAAACUGCCUUUGCACUCGAACUUGUUAAUACGAUUUUCUAUCUUUGGAUGAUGAUUAUGUCGUGGCAGGUUAAUCGGGAUGUUUAUGAUUGA